GGAGAUGAGAAGGUGCAGGAGCCCCGUUGUGAGGAAGCGUUGAGUCCGUCCUGGGACUGAGAGGAGGUGGUGAGGACGCUGAGGCUGGAGAUGAGAAGGUGCAGGAGCUGCCGGUGCAGCAUACACAGAGAAGCUGAAGGACUAACGCUGUGCAAACGCUGAGAGUCAGAGGAGGUGGCGUGGCAGGGCACAGUGCAAGAGACCAGAAACCUAAAACAGUGCUUUUCACCCUUUUUUACCUCACAGCACACUUGAACCUGUAAUUAAACUUCCUCAGCCCACUUAAAUUAUGUUGAUCAAAAAGAGUUUAAAAAAUGAAGAAUGUAUUUACCGUGCUUUAAACGCCUUUUGAAAAUAAUUAAUGAUCUUUAAAAAUUUUGUGACACACCUAAGAGCCCCCACUGGACAUGGGUUGAAAAAUCACUGGCUUAACACAAGCCUGGAGUGGUAAGCAGGGACCAGAUCUCAGGAGGAUAAGAGCCUGGGGUUGUUUCAAUUGCAGCAUGAAAUCACGGAAGGAUUAUGCAGGGAAGAAACCCUGCUCAGUAUGCCUUUGAGUAAGAUCAGUGGUUCCACAGUGGAGAAGGGAUUGGUGGUGGGUGGAGGCGAGAUAAGAAGCCAGUGAACUAGUCAGAAGGUCCUCGCAGAAGCCGGAGAGCUGGACCAGGGCAGUGGCAAGGAAGGCCCAGACCGCAAGGCCUCAGGGAAUUUUUCUGAGAUAGAACAGAGGAUGGGUGUGGUGACAGAAUGAGACCCCAGGAAAGGCACAGACUGGAUUGAGGGUUUGGGCAGUGGCAUUUACAGAGAUGGGAAAAGAGAGGAAAAAAACAGACUUGAGGGAAGAAAGUAAGAAAUAAAGCCGCCCGGCCCCCGCGAGCCGUCCAUGGUGCAGCGCAUGUGGGCCGAGGCUGCUGGGCCUGCGGGCGGCGCCGAUCCGCUCUUCCCAGGCUCUCGGAGGAGCCGCAGCGUGUGGGACGCCGUGUGGUUGGAGGCACCCGACCGCUGCCCGGUGGUGCUGCACAGCUUCACGCAGCUCGACCCAGACCUGCUGCUCCUGGAGAGCUCCACGCAGGAGAUCGGCGAGGAGCUGAUCAACAGGGUCGUCUACUCCCUGCGCCGGGUGCAGCUGCACCACGGAGCCAGCAAGGGCCAGCGCUGGCUCGGGUAUGAGAACGAGGCGGCCCUCAACCUCUAUGAGACCUGCAAGGUGCGGACCGUGAAGGCAGGCACGCUGGAGAAGCUCGUGGAGCACCUCGUGCCCGCCUUCCAGGGCAGUGACCUCUCCUACGUCACCAUCUUCCCGUGCACCUACAGAGCUUUCACCACCACCCAGCAGGUGCUGGACCUGCUGUUCAAAAGAUAUGGAUGCAUCCUCCCUUACUCCCAUGAGGACUGCGGACCCCAGGACCAACUUAAAAAUGCCAUCUCCUCCAUCCUGGGCACCUGGCUGGACCAGUACUCUGAGGAUUUCUUUCAGCCCCCAGACUUUCCCUGCCUCAAGCAGCUGGUGGCCUAUGCACAGCUCAACAUGCCUGGCUCAGACCUGGAGCGCCGUGCCCACCUCCUUCUGGCCCAGCUGGAGCACACAGAGCCCCUUGAGGCAGAGACUGAGGCUCUGUCACCAGCUCCAGCUUCAGUGCCAGCUCUAAAACCAACCCUGGAGGGGGCGCCGGCCCCAUAUACCGAGGGUGGCGGGUUCAAACCCAGCCCCGGCCAAACUGCAACAAAAAAACAGCCGGGCGCUGAGUUGGAGGUUGCUCCAGUUCCAGUGCCAGCUCUAGCACCGAGUCCGGAGCCAGAGCCAGCCCCAGAGCUGGAGGAAUCUCAGGCACCCCCUCUCCAGCUAGAGCCAGUUUUGGUGUCAGCUCUCAUGCCAGCCCCAGAGCUAGAGCCAGCUCUAUCACAAACCCUUGAGCCAGAUCCAGCGCCAGCACUGUCCUUAGAGCCUGCCUGGCCUCCACCUGUGGUCACAGAGAAUGGGCUGAGUGAGGAGAAGCCUCACCUCUUGGUGUUCCCUCCUGACCUGGUGGCCGAGCAGUUUACACUGAUGGACGUGGAGCUGUUCAAGAAGGUGGUGCCCUACCACUGCCCGGGCUCCAUCUGGUCCCAGAGGGACAAGGGCAAAGAGCACCUGGCACCCACCAUCCGUGCCACUGUCACCCAGUUCAACAAUGUAGCCAACUGUGUCAUUACCACCUGCCUCGGGGACCGGAGCAUGAAGGCCUCAGACAGGGCCCAGGUGGUGGAGCACUGGAUCGAGGUAGCCAGGGAGUGCCGGGUCCUCAAGAACUUCUCCUCACUCUAUGCCAUCCUCUCUGCUCUGCAGAGCAACUCCAUCCACCAGCUGAAGAAGAUGUGGGAGGAGGUUUCCAGGGACAGCUUCCAUUUUCAGAAACUGUCAGAGAUUUUCUCGGAUGACAACAACUACUCACUGAGCAGAGAGCUGCUCAUCAAGGAGGGGACCUCCAAGUUUGCCACCCUGGAGAUGAACCCCAAGAGAGCCCAGAAGCGGCCAAAGGAGACAGGUGUCAUCCAGGGCACUGUUCCCUACCUGGGCACGUUCCUCACUGACCUGGUGAUGCUGGACACUGCCAUGAAGGACUAUCUGUAUAGGAGACUGAUCAACUUUGAGAAGAGGAGGAAAGAGUUCCAAGUGAUUGCCAAGAUCAAGCUGCUGCAGUCGGCCUGCAACAACUACAGCAUCACACCUGAUGAGCACUUCCAGACCUGGUUCCGGGCCAUGGCGCGGCUCAGCGAGGCUGAGACCUACAACCUGUCGUCUGAGCUGGAGCCCCCUUCUGAGUCCACCAGCAACACCCUUAAGACCAAGAAGAACAUUGUCAAAUGGUGGAGCGACCGCCAGGUGCCCAGCACAGAGCUCAGUACCAGCAGCAGCUCCCACUCCAAGUCCUGUGACCAGCUCAGGUGCGGCCCCUACCUCAGCAGUGGAGACCUUGCCGAGCACUCGGCCAGCUCCUCCAGCUCCGACGUGGAGGAGAUCAACAUGAACUUUGUCCCGGAGUCCCCUGAUGGUCAGGAAAAGAAGUUUUGGGAGUCAGCCUCCCAGUCGACCCCGGAGACCUCAGACAUCAGCUCCGCCUCCAGCAGCACCUCGUCCUCUUCGGCCUCCACCACCCCCGUGGCCACCACAUGCACCCACAAGCGUUCAGUCUCUGGGGUGUGCGGCCAUGGCUCCUCACUGCCGCUCUACAACCAGCAGGUGGGCGACUGCUGCAUUAUCCGUGUCAGCCUGGAUGUGGACAAUGGCAACAUGUACAAGAGCAUCCUGGUGACCAGCCAAGAUAAGGCUCCAGCCGUGAUCCGCAAGGCCAUGGACAAACACAACCUGGAUGAGGAUGAGCCAGAAGACUACAAGCUGGUGCAAAUUAUUUCAGAUGAUCGGAAGCUGAAGAUCCCUGAAAACGCCAACGUGUUCUAUGCCAUGAACUCUGCUGCCAACUAUAACUUUGUCUUGAAGAAGCGGACCUUCACCAAAGGGGCAAAGGUCAAGCAUGGAGCCAGCUCAACCCUCCCUCGCAUGAAGCAGAAAGGACUCAAGAUUGCCAAGGGCAUCUUCUGAGGGCAUCUCCCCAGGGUGUGGCUGGCCAGGAGCUAAGAAUUUAUAGACUAGAGCCGCCCAGGCCAGCUGGGCACCUUCCGCCCACCCGCCAGCCCAGGGCACCCCUGGAUUCCACCUUCAUCCUGAACCCCACCUGCUGCUGGGAUUCACGCCUGCCACUGUCAGGCUGACCUGGCCUCCGUGGACCCCUCGCUGCCUUAGGUGCCUUCUGCUCUCUGGAACCAGAGGACUAGCUGACUGUUGCCAAGGAGUGGUGCCGACGGGCACGGUACCCUGGUACCAUGAUCCCUGCCCCGGGCACUGCCUCUGUACACUUCCCUGACACCUUACAGGUGCAGGUCACUGCCACCUGUGCCGCAGGCACCCCAGAGCACCCACUCACCCACCAGGUCUGACCACUGCAGUUCUCUCCUCGUGCCCUCGGGCACUGGCCUGUGACCUCUGCCGGGUCCUGGCCGCUCCUCCCACCACUCUAGCCUUUCUCAGGCUGCACCAAAGAUUCCAUCGUCAGGGCCAGCUGAGAGUGAGGGGGCCGCACCCACACUCAGCCCAGCCCUCCCCCAGGACAGGAGAGAGCAGCCCUCUUCAUGGACCACGCUCUUCACCCAGUGAGUGAGGACAGCCCCAGCUGAGUCCCCUCCAUGUUGACUCUCAUGCCACUGCAAGUGCCAUCCCCGCUGCAUCCUGGGCUUCACAAGACCACGCGAGACGGGGGUUACUGGGGAAGGAGGGUUUGGGGUAGGAGGGCGAUUGAAUAUUUGUAUAAAA